AUGAGAAUCCAUUACAUUAAUAUGUUCUUAUUUUCCCUUAUGUUCAAUAUAUUACUAAAUGUCAAUAAGAAUCAUUACAACACUACGCUCCAUACACCAAACACCACAAAAAUACCAACCACUAGAUUAUUAUGCGAAUGCGAAUUGUAUGCACCAUCCAAUUAUAAUAAUGACCCCGAAAUGAAACAGGUCAUGGAUAAUUUUGACCGUCAUACACAACAAAGGUUUCACGAGUACGAACAACGUAUGAUCAAAAACAGAAAAGAAUGCAAAGAACAAUGUGAGCAAAAUAUACAAAAACUUAUUUUAAAAGAAAAAAUCCAAAAAGAAUUAAAAGAAAAGUUCUCGGCAUUACAAAUUGAUAUAUCUACCCAUGACAUACCCACAUGUGUUUGUGAAAAAUCAGUAGCCGACAAAACAGAAAAAUUUUGCCUUAAGUGUGGGUAUGGAUUAGGAGGAGCAUUAACAGCAUGGCAAAUUUUUGGUUAUACUGGUAUAUAUGGAUGGGCCAAUUAUGCUGCUCUUCUUGCCCAUGAAGCAGGAGUUAAAGCAGGUAUUAAGGUAGUAAUUGAUAUGUUCUCAACAUAUCCUGGUCUAAUUAGUUUACCUGGUGUUGAUUUGACAAAAAUGAUUAAUGGAUCAAAUUUUAAUAUACCAAUGGAACUUGUUAAUAUUGUUAAAGGUUUAAGUAAUGGAUUGUGCAAAACUCCAAACAAACACUUAUUUUGCGCUUUUACAAAUAUGGAAAAAGGACAAUCAUUGGUUUCAUUCGCCAAUAGUGCUUCCCAAUCAGGAAUUAUGGAAGCGGCAAGUGUUCAAGGAGCUAAAGUUGCAAUCAUAAAAACCACAACUGCUGAUUUUUCUUAUAACAUGAUUGUCUCAGGUAUUACAAUAUUCGUUAUAGUUUUAGUUAUGGUUAUUAUUUAUUUCAUUUUACGUUAUCGUAGAAAAAAAAAAAUGAAGAAAAAACUACAAUAUAUAAAAUUAUUAAAAGAAUAG